AUGCCGGCGAUGUCCACGCCGCGUGUCGCGCUCGCGUUUUUGUUGGCGUGCAUACUGACCGUAUGCCAAGGCAUCGACGUGGCUCCUUCGUCGCCCAGGGCGCAACGUCUCCGAGAGGUUCGUCGUCGUGGCCGUGAGGUCACUGCGGAAUCGCGGAACCUGGUGUCGGAAAGGGAUAGCGGGAAGCACCCCAAGACCCUUCGGUUCACCCUCCACGCAUUCGAAGAGCAGUUUGACAUCCAUCUGGAGCGCAACGAUGCGCUGUUCCAUCAGGACUACCGCGAGACGGUGUAUCAGGCGGACGGCUCGCUCGCGGACGCGCCCGUUUCGAGCGUGAACUGCCACUACCACGGUCGCGUUAAAGACGCCGAUGGCUGGUCCGCGGUCGCGAUGACGCUGUGCGAAGGCAUGCGCGGGCACAUCAUGGUCGACGGGCAUCGCAUCACGCUCGAUCCCGCGGGGUCGAAUCACGACGGAGACCACGUCGCAACCGCCCGAAUCCACGGCGACGACGAGGAACCCGAGGUGGAUGUUGAUCACAUCAUCUCUGCCAGAGGCGACAACGGCAACAGGUUUUCCUUUGUCGAUAACUUGGCUCACAUCGCAGGUCAAAAUCCAGCGUUCGCGUCCAUCGCACGUCGCAGGCUGAACGCGGCAUACGCGGUCGGCACAAACGCCAAGAUGGAGAUGGUCGUCGUCAAUGACUUGAACCGUGUGAACAUGUACAAGGCUGGCGCGAGGUCGACAAACGAUGGAUCUAUGAGGGCUACAGGCAAGACAAAGGAAGAGCUCUUUGCAAUGAACGCCACUACGCCGAGUAAUGACGCGCUGAGCGCGUUGCAAGCGGACAACGUCAUGAUGUUCAAUGUGGUAAACUUGAUUUUCUUGGAGCUGUCCUCGCCCCGACUCGAGAUCAUCCUCAGGCAGCAGAUAUCGUUCACGACGACCGAGCCAGAUGAAAUCAGGAACGCGUGCAUUGAUGGUUGCCUUGGCGAAGUCAACAAGUGGUGGAUGUCCUAUGCGAGAGAAAACAGCAUCCCUCACGACGCCAUGCAUUUCCUUCAGGGAAAUAUAGUGUCUAAAUAUGCUGGAGUCGCCUACAUGAGAUCGGUUUGUAGUCCAAGAUAUUCUGCCUCCGUGACUGUUUCGGCGGGCAAAAAUGGCGACGGUCUCUUUUUCCUGGGUGUAACGUGGAAUGACAUCACGACCAUAGCGCACGAGGUCGGACAUCAGGUCGGGUUCCCUCACGAUCACGACGAAGGUGGAAACAUUGCCGGCUUGAGCUGCAUACAGGAUCAAAAAUUACCGGGUCUCCCUAUCAUGCAUUACGGCUCCAAUUGGGGAAAUUCUGAUUGCUUCUACGAUUACAACAAAACCGGCGACAAAAACGUCACAGACUGUUGGUCUCCAUGCUCAAGAGCGUGGUACGAUUACUACAUGAGCCGUCACAGUUUCUGGUGCCUGAACUACGACAACGUCUGCCUCAACAUCUCGGGCACUAUGGACUGUUUUGCCGGCGGACCACCGGCGCCGCCUUCCCCACCGCCCUCGCCGCCGCCGCCUCCGCCGGAGGUGUGGAUCGAACAGCCGGAGAACAUCGCCAUCGUCUCGGUCUCUACCAUCGCCUUUGCCGCGCUCCUAGCCGGCGCCGGGUACAUCAUGUACCGACGCCGAAAGCAAGGAAAGAAGAUGAUCCCUCCUUUGCCGAAGUGGAUGAAACUGCCUCCUUUGCCAAAGUGGAUGAAAGAUUGGAAAUGGCGGAGGGGCGCAAAGGUGGGCGUCGCCCAGGCAAACGCAACCUCGCCGAAGAGGAGCACCGAUCCCAGCACAAAGCGCCAGACCAAGUCUUCCGGGAGCAAGCGCCCGUGGAAGUUGAAAUUCAAAUUACCGUCGAUGGGACCGUGCCUCGCGUCUUGCAAGUCGGCGGCUGUCGUCGUCAAGAACGCCGGGGUGCAGAAGAAGAAGGCCAAGGUGAAGAAAAACAAGGUUGUUCCAAAGCGGCCCCCGGUGUGA